GCGUGUUGUCCCGGUUUAACCGAACAGUCGAUCCCCGGUGAGCAGCGGAGCGCGGCUAGUCUCUCAGAGCGCUGCCUCCCCGGACACAGCCAGGAGCGGAUGAGGAGCAGGAGGAGGAGACGGCAGCUUCUUCUCUUCAUCAGUAUAAUACCAUUCUCCUUUAUCCCCUCUCCUGUUCGCCGGGACAUCUCGUCGAGAAUCGGUCGCUGGGGCUCGCGAGUCGUUAUAUAAGGCGAGUAACGGACCGGGAUGAGCGCGUACGUUCCGGCGUAGCGGCACAAUAUCAGCCGCAUGUGUUUGGCUGGACUCGGCGCUAGAAAAGCGACAGAAACCCCCCGAGCUGCGGUUGAAUUGCUCUGACGUGUGCGUGCGUAUGUGUUUUUUUUAGCUGAAUUCAUUCAAACAGCGAACAGCUAGCUUUGCGCAGCGCAGCGGCGUGUCUCACUAUUGUGUGCGUUUGAUUUGAACCUAGCUAGGCGGCUAACGGGGACGCGCCGCCGCUGAUGAUGAACGUAGCGGAAUGAUGGUGAUGACGAAGAAGAAGCCCUCACCGCUCAGGCGCUAAUGGCUCAGAAUAACGGUCUCUUCCCUGUUUAGAUUCUAAUUCAUCAUCGGAUCCAGCUACAGAUCCAGCGUGUGCUCGGACCCGGUGGGCCCUGCCGCCGUCAUUCAUAAAACGGUCCUCAACGCGAAGAAUGGGCCCAUCUUUUAAUUUGGACAACAAAGAAUUCGGCGCCCGGACAGUGUAAGCUGCUUAGAGAAGCUCGUUUUAGCGUUUUGAGGCGAGCUAGCUUGCUGCCGGGGGGAUUAGAGUGGACUGCACUGCCCUCUGUCCCUCAACUGGACUAUUUUUUUUUAAUACCCCACGUUCCUGUUGUUGUGUGCACCACGCCACGAUGAGCCCUCACACCGGGGACGCCGGCUCGGAAGUGGAGCCCAUGCCGGGUUACUUGGACCUCAUCGCCAGAGCCUCCUCCACCAUGCUGGGCGCAUGGAGGGACUGUAGCUCCUGCGGUCUGGAGCUCUCCAAACGGACUCUCCUGGAUAACGCGUACAUUACCUGGAGCGAAAUCGCCCUGUUCUUCUUUUGCGCCUUUUUGUGGACGCAGGUCAGGUGGGGACUGACAGAAAGUCUGUUAAAGCCUUUAGCACAGUGGUGCAGGCUGCUGCCCAAAGAUGCUGCCAAGAUGCCGGAGAGCGCGUGGAAGCUGGUCUUCUACACCAUGUCGUGGUCCUACAGCACCUACCUGCUCUUCUUCAGCUCCUACUCCUUUUUCCACGACCCGCCCUCUGUCUUCUACAAUUGGAAGAGCGGUAUGUCAGUGCCUACAGAUAUCGCCAUCGCCUACCUGAUCCAGGGCAGCUUCUACGGCCACUCCAUCUACGCCACAGUCUACAUGGAUGCGUGGAGAAAGGACUCUGCCGUCAUGGUGGUGCACCACAUCAUCACACUGGCACUUAUCUGCUUCUCCUACGCCUUCAGAUAUCACAACGUGGGGAUCCUGGUGUUGUUUCUCCACGACAUCAAUGACAUCCAGCUGGAGUUCACCAAGCUCAACAUCUACCUGAAGACCAGAGGUGGAGUCUAUCACCUGCUCAACGACAUCCUGUCCAACAUGGGCUCUGUCAGCUUCAGCAUCACUUGGUUCUGGUUCCGUCUCUACUGGUUCCCUCUCAAAGUGCUGUAUGCCACGUGUGUGUCCAGCCUCCAGUCUGUGCCCAACAUCCCCUUCUACUUCUUCUUCAACACUCUUCUCCUUGCCCUGCUGCUCAUGAACAUCUACUGGUUCUUGUUCAUUGUUGUGUUCGUGGUGAAGGUGUUAAAGGUGAAGGAGGUAAAUGAUGUCAGGGAGUAUGAGGACGAGGACGGCAGCAAGGCGGCGGCAGGUCGUCAACGAGACCCUCAGGCGGCAAACAAAGAUGAUGAUGAUGCUGGACAUCACAACUCUGCCCAGGGGAAGCACGUGCAGAACGGGGUCACCAAAGAGAAGCAUCUAUAAUGGGUUCUCUGUCGCCACCACCUGGAACUAGGCUACAAGUACAACCAAGACGCUCUCUGUGGGACGGCUCCUUCUCAAAUCGCAGCUCCUGAAGGGAAGAGUGCUUCAAAACAGAAAAGGAAGGAGAAGUCAGGGCACAUUGAGUUUUUUAAAUUUCUCUUUAUUGGGUUUAGAACAUUUGACUUCAUCACUGUUUAGUUUUUUUUUGUAUUAGAGCACUAUGAAUGUUAUUUCAGGUGACUUUACGUGUUAUUCUUGCUAACUUAACAUUCACUAGAUUCAGUAGAAACAAACCAGUGGGCUGGGCUGUGAUCGUAGAACAGUGUCAUAUUAACUGUUAUUAUCAUGAUCAGCACAGCAGCACAAAGACCAGGUAAAGGAUUAGUCCUGUUGUGGGUCUGUAGACCUGUAGUCACCUUUAGUAGCCCCACAGAUAAGAGACACGCUGACUGUCGGGGUCAGACGUGUUUGCCGUCACUUCCUUUCCUCCUCCUCCCUCUUCUGACUCCGUCCUCCCUCUUUCUCUCUCCGAUGGAGAACAGGCUAAAAGAAUCCAACCAGAGGGAAACAUCCCCUUCUCACGGGAACUGUCUUUAUGUCGGCUGUGAUGCUGGAGAGCUUGUCCAGGUGCUGUUACACCACAUGUAUUGAUUUCUCAUAUCAUUGCACAAAUCAGUGGUGGCGACUGCACAGCUCUGCUCCCCCUCCCUGCAUCCAUUAGUGUGAAUGGAAAAGCCACAUUGAUGUGUGUGGGUAAGCGUGUCGCGUGUGGGUGUGUUCCAGGAUGCGGAGGAGCAGCCGAGUCUUUUAAACUCACAACAUUUCACCUCUCAGUUUGUCUCGUGUACUGAUGAUCAACAGGUGAUGGGAAUAUUCACUCGUUCAUUCCCGUACAGAAAAAAAAAACCUUGUAUUAUUGUUUGUGUUUCCUCGUGUGUGUCCCAGCGUAUAUCUGCUGCUGCACUGACAUGAAGGCAUUCAAGCUGAACGUUGCUUUAAUGACAGCCAAUAGCUGGAAUUGAUAGAUUGGGUUUUAAGUGUCACCCUCAUGGUUUUAAUUUGUGGAAUUGAAUCACGUUAAUAACCGGUUCACAUCGAUUGGGGGUCUGAGGAAAUAGGGAACAAACAGCCCAGGACUUGUUUUUAAGAUAAAAUUAUGAAAUAAAACAUCAUGUAUGCACACAUUAUGGUAUUUAGGAAUGCAUGAUAUCGGAAUGAUUUAAAAAAAAAAAAAAAAUGCUAUGAAAUUGUCUUACAAACAUUGAAGAAAAAAAAUCAUCUAACUGUGUAAUCACAUGUCUUUAUAAAUGUCUAAAAUUCUUCCUGAACGGUGAGCAGCCGUGACCACUGAACACACGUGACGUCGGCAGACACAGAAACCUUCGUCUGGCAUUGAAAUGUGAAUCUUUUAGCCGAGUCCUGCACGUGGGAGGAUGUUUGAUGCCUACGAACACGUUCAAUUAAAGUGAAAGGGAACGAUUUCAUUUUGACCAUCGUCUGUGGAUCCCGCUGCUUUACUCUACGUGUGUUUAGUGGGAGCAGCUGCUGCACCUGUAGAAAAUAAGGGAUAUUUCUACUCUUCCUACCUUCUCGAUCAAAUUCAAGCUUUUGUUUGGAUGAACAGCUGCUUGUGCUGCUGGAUCAGGCCGCAGAUGUCGUCUGUCUGAGCGUUUGUCUUUUUUUUUUUUUGGUUUAUCUGUUUGUCUUCCACGAUUCUCACCUCAGCUAUUUGAGGUGUUGAAACAAACGUUUUUCAGCAAUCACUAUUUUUGUUAUUAUUAUUUUUGUCGCUGUAGUUCAGGUUAUAAUUGUUGAUUUCUUUUGGAAUUGCUGCUGUUUUAAUUUUAUUCUCUGAGAGCACUGUUUGUAUUCCAGUUGUUGUUUUUCUGCUGUGUCAGUGACGUUCUGCUCAGAUCAGAUCAUUUCCAGGGACCAGGGAGACGUAGGGAGACACAACAAACAUCUGGAUUUAGUUCCAUAAUCUCGUCUUUUUUAAUCGAAAUGCUGGCUCCCACUCAUUUUACUGUAGUCAUUGCACACGUGUACUGUAAGCGACAUGCUUUAUCAGACAUGUCACUGUGUGUGUAAUAUAUCAGGCACUCAGUGUCAGACUGGUUUUUACCGGCGUGGUGUUCUGGCAGGAAGUGACCCCCGGUGUCCUGCCCGCUCGACUGUGAGACUAGAUUAUCAUAGUUUGUUGAUUUAUUGUUUUGGUUAUUAUGUGAUAACAGACGAGGGACGGGUGGGAUGACGCCCACAGAGUCCUGUGAUCUGGAUUAGGUGCAUCUGGUAUGGUACUAAGUGCAGAAGGUGCCUCUUCAGUUUCUCCACCGCUCUCCAGUUGUGUCAAACAGUGCUGUAACGAUGAGAGGUGGGAGAUAUGAAGAUGUACGUAAUCACGAUUUCAAUCUGGGAUUUAGUUUUUUCCUUAAUAUCAUGCUAACUGUACUUUAAACAUCGCUGGGUGUAUUCAGAACAAUAUUUUUAAUCUAUUAGAUGUUUUCUGGCUUUCUCAGUUUUUACAAAUUAUACUGAUAACUGAUUUUCUUACUUUAACCAUGAAGAAUUUAUUUGUCCAUUUAUAAACUUUCAAACCUCGUAUUACCACACAUUGUCAGCACUGAGGAGCAAUGCUUCCCAAACUAGGGGUUGGGAGACACAGAAUGAGGGUCACAAGAGGAUUUCUAGAUUAUGUGGCAUCAUUGUUUUGGGGGUCAGAGGCUGUUGAACCUCUCUGUUGAUGUGAGUCCUGAACGAUGCAAAUGAGUCUAAUAGUCUGAGCUCCGGCUCAGAGUGUUUUAAUUCAACCUCAUUCUUCCGCACGAGAUGAUUUUCUCACACACCUGUGUAAGAGCUGUGAUAUCACCCUGUGUAUAAAUGUCAGCACAUGAAAUCAUGUAUAUUAUGAGGAUUUUGUCCCCCCCCCCCCCCGACUGCUACUCCCGCAACUGCUGAAACUGUCCAAAACUGAAUGAAGAUUGAGAGAAAGUCACUUUAUUUUUCAUUCUGAUCUGAUUUGGCUGAUUCUUAUUUAAAUGUUUGAUACAACAUUGGCUCACACUUCACUAACACAGCUCAUGUUUGGUUUACGUUGUUGGACACAUGUCGCCUGUGAAGCUCAGUUCUGUCAGACAGCUCACGGGGGACGGAUUUAUUCCGUGUGUGGAGUUCAGAGUUGAUAAUUAGUAAAUGUGUUGGCAAACAGAUCAGUAAAAUACCAGCAACUAGAAUGAUAAUCAGUAUCAUCAGGUGUCCCUCCACCAAAGUCUAACAGUCCUCUUAAAUUAAAUCAACCAAGUACUCACACUCAUGGAGACAAUUCCCGAAAGGCAUUUUGUUUUCAGGUCGUGACAAUGUACAUAUGUGAGCACGAUAUGUCAAGUAAGCCUUGGAGGAAUCAAAGAUGAACUGAUUCGACUUGAGUGAUCAAAGAUAUUAUGUGAGUCUUUAAAAAACUGUGUAGACAAACUGCACUGGUUGGAGGACUGUAAAUUUAGUUCAAUCAAGAUCGAUGCAUUAUUUCCAGGGAAAUUGGUGAAAACAUAAAAAAUGUAAUAAAUAACUGCCCUAUCCAUCCCUCAGCGGGAUCCGCUCCAAAAUUGAAUGGCUUCUCUCUUGGCCAAUGUCCCAUCACUCCCAGAAAUCUGCUCAGUAGUUAUUGAAGAAUCCUGCUGACAAGCAAACCGAGAAGUGUGAAAACAACCUGCUUAGGUACCGACAGGAAGUCUGCAGCACAUUUGAGAUGCAGCUGGAGUUGGAUGGUAGUAAACAUGAGUUGUCUGAACUGACUCACAGGCGUCAUGUCAUUAUGACACAAAGCGUCUGCAUGAUUGCGUCGAUUGUGCCAAAUCGUCCCCCUAAAUAACGAGGUGUUUGUGGGAGCUGGUGAAAAGCUUGUAGAGAGCGGCGGUCUAUAGAAAAGCCCUACAGGUGUUUCUUAUAAAUUGCACUGUAAUUUAUUAGUAUUGUUUUUAUUGUUCAUUAGUAGAUCUAAAUUAGAAAUAAGGGAGAAUUUGGGAUUUUUUUAACGACUUUCUGGUUUAAAUCAUAAUUUAAAUCUCUUCAAUCAAAAGUGUAUUUGAACGAUAGAUUUCAACAAAAGUGUAAACUCUAUAAAUUGCCCCGUUUGUUUGUUUUUGUUCUGUUCUAUAAAUCGGAUCACUUUCUAAAAUCUGACAACUUGAGACUUGCUCUUUUGUAAUAGUUUUAAUACCAUUCAAGAAAUGUUUUACUUUUUCCUCUCCCAUAAAAUAAAACUUGUCAUUAAAACAAG